CACCAUUAAACCACCCACUGACACCACCACCAUUAAACCACCCACUGACACCACCACCAUUAAACCACCCACUGACACCACCACCAUUAAACCACCCACUGACACCACCACCACCACCGCCACACCAUCCUCCGCGGGUUCAAAGAGCCACAUGUCCCCACAAAGAAAGCUGCUGUCAAGUGAAGACGACAUUUGCAAGCCAUUGAAUGAGGAUAACCCUGAUCCAAAUGACCUUUGCGUCAGAAUAAAAGAAGUCAUGGCUACAAUAGAGGAAGUGACAAAGCAGAUCAAUGAUGGCGACGUUACCGAGGAAACGCUGGACACCCUCACUGACCAGUCCGAGAAACUUCAGGAAGUGGUCAACGAAGUGGAGAAGAACCCAGAACUUAUUGAUGAAUACCAAAUUAACAAAGAGGAAAUGAAAAAGAAGACAGAGGAUGUUAAGAAGGAGAUUGACUCUGCCUUGGACACAGUGACGGACAAAAUUGACGGGCCAGCAGACAGUAAUGUAGUAGCGAUUGUGCUGGGCGUGAUUGGUGGCCUGAUUGUAGUAGUGCUGGUAGCUGUAGGUGGCUACAUGGGCUACAGGAAACACCAGCAACGCCAGAAGAAACCAAAGACGAUGAAUUAUGAUAUGCUGGAAGAAGGUGGGCAGAAUAACCCAGCCUUCCAGAUGGACCGUCAGCAAAGUGGCCCAUCCCACCAGCCGUAGUCGCAGGCCCACCACCAUCCUAGGCGUCCGUCCCCAGCACCCCGCCGUCUCCAUUCCUUCCCGUGGUGUUCCUGUACUGCCCCAUGUUUUUUCAAGGCCACCCUCAAGCUUCCUUCUACAUGGAUUCCAGGGCAUCUCAUACCUCUCGGAACACGGACUAAUAGGUCUUCCCACGGUCCAGGUAUAUCUGGUAUAUCUGGACAGUGGGUCUUCCCUUCCUAUUCUCCGUCAGCCGUCGCCGCGUCAAACUCGCUGCGUCAAACUCGUCUGCGUCGAAUUGAUCCCUAUAUUAGAUGAAACUUGAAAGGUGUGUGUGUGUGUGUGUGUGUGUGUGUGUGUGUGUGUGUGUGUGUGUGUGUGUGAAGGGAAACAUGAGUGUAUUACCUAUGAACAUGUCUACCUCAUUCCUGCUUCCUGCCAUUAUUAUUUUUGUUUUUUGUUUUAUUUAAUUUUCUUAUUUAUUAUCAUUAUUUUAUUUAUUUUUUUUUUUUUCAUUAUCUCUAGUUUGGGAAGUAGUGGUGGUCGAGUGGUGGUAAAUGCUAUAUUAUUGCCUUCAUUACUCGCUUUGUGAUUAAAAUUAUAAUGUACCACUUUUAAAGAGUACUUUCAGUAUUAUGUGUGUGUGUGUGUGUGUGUGUGUGUGUGUGUGUGUGUGUAGAUAAUGUUAAUAGGGUUACCAUCUCGAUCUAUAAAAGAAGAAGAAAAAAAAUAAAUAAACGAAGCACAGUUUAAGUUGGAACAGUGAUGAUGACUGGAGAUGUUUCUGCUUCUGCUUUUAAGUGGAGGUGAAGAAAGAACUUGGAACGAAGUAUGGACUGGAAGGGAAAGAGACGAUAUGACGCAUUCUGUUCACCUACAACAUAAUCCCAAAAAAACCUCAUCUAACAUGUAUUUGAUUCAAUAUUUGGUCGCGAUAAUUUUGAAUUCCUGAUUUCAUUUCCAUAUAUACAUUUAUACAUCCAAUAAAUACGGGACAAAUAAUGAUAAUAAUAAUGUUUCUGGUAUUUGUUUUACAACCACCACAAAAUUAAACCAACUACCGUAGUCAAUAUUUCCCCUUCACAUGACACAAACGCUCUGCACUCAUUCACUCUCAGUCCUUAUUACUAACUUACCGAAGAAAAAUCAAACCUUUACAACACUAAGCGAACUCUCUCUCUCUUGAUUAAUACAUUAAUUAAUCGCCCUGUGACCCCAUAAAAAUAUGAAUACAAAAUGGAUUAAUCCAUUUCUGGAUACAGGUGAUA